AUGUUUCACAUUUAAUACAAUUUAAGGAUGGGCAUGAAGAAGCCUCCAGUAAAUAAGUAUGAGGAAAUACCAAUGGACAGGAAGAUUCAAAUGCAGUUAUCUAGACAGGAAACAAUAGACACAACUCUAUUGGCUCCCCCGCCUCCUGAUACAAACCUCUGGCUGGCUCUCUUUAUUAUCAGUCUCUCAGGCUUUGUGAUAGGACUGGUCGGGCUGCUCUCGCCCAACUACAUGUCUGGAGAUAUAGAUGUCGGUCCCUACAAGGCCACCAUCAAAUCUUUCUUGUCUUUGGACAGAGAUGUUCCUGAUGUACUCAAAAUGGCCGACUUUGGUCUUUUCAGAUUCUGUUUUUCUGAAGAUUUUAUGGAAAUAAUUACAAAAGCAAUGGAAUUUGGUGAUGGAGAGAUGCCUGAAAAUGAGGGAGGGAUGAAACUGGACUUCUCUAAAAGGUGUCAUAAAGUUAUCGAGACAGAGAAUCAACCACAGCACAUGAAAGACACGACCCGCACCGGCAAGAUCCUAAUGUUCAUGGGACUAAGCUCCGUCCUGAUCACGUGGAUGUUUGUUAUCUUAGUCCUGGUUGCUGGACGGCAUCUUAGUAAAGUUAUUACUGGUAUCAGUGCUUCUGUAUCAGUCACAUUUCUGGUGUCAUCACUUUUGGUAUCGAUGACUCUUCGGCCAAUGACUAAAGAUUAUCUUAACUUAGAGAUUAUGAAAUCAGUAAGGACCUCUGUAGAGAAUAUGGGUAUCAACAUAGACCUCAUAGAGAAGCUUGGAGGCUUAAAGUUCACCCAGAUCCAGCCAGUAAACGUGGAGCCUGGUUUCAGCGGCUUCCUCAUCGUUACCUCCGCUGUACUUCUCAUGGUAGUGGGAAUCACCGCACUGCUCAAGACCAGAUCCCAUAAACCCGGAUAGAAGCAGUGGGUCUCAUGUUGGUCACAUGUUGGUCUCAUGUUGGUCUCAUGUUGGUCACAUGUUGGUCUCAUGUUGGUCUCAUGUUGGUCACAUGUUGGUCACAUGUUGGUCACAUGUUGGUCUCAUGUUGGUCACAUGUUGGUCAUGUGUUGGUCACAUGUGGGUCAUGUGUUGGUCAUGUGUUGGUCACAUGUGGGUCUCAUGUUGGUCACAUGUGGGUCUCAUGUUGGUCUCAUGUUGGUCACAUGUGGGUCACAUGUGGGUCUCAUGUUGGUCACAUGUUGGUCACAUGUGGGUCAUGUGUUGGUCACAUGUGGGUCAUGUGUUGGUCAUGUGUUGGUCAUGUGGAUUCAUAUUGAGCAAGUGUAAAUACGAAAAAAGGACAGUGCUUUAUGAGUAUAAUGAUUGAAACUGUUUUUUUACCGUUAUCAUUGUUCACAGAACAAUUGCAGUAUGGGACGAUGGUUAAAGAUUGUUUUUAAUCUCAGUGGUCUUAUAGCUUUACAGAGGUCAGGAGACUCUUCUGAAGUAAUAUUUUGUUUUCCACUACAUUCAAUAUCAGGUCAAAGAAGACCACUUCAAAGAUUAACAGUUGAACUAUAAGAGUAUAAGACUGAUUAGAAGACACCAAAGAUAGAGUAACUGUUCUGAAUCUUCAUUUGCUAUUAGGAUCUAAACACCUAAAACUAAAACAAUAAACCAAAGCCGUUUUAGAUCUAAUAUCUGCUUUAAGGGGUUUUUAUUUAUUUGGUUUUUAUAACUCGUUUAUUAUAAUCUUUAAGUGUUAGAUUGAUUGCGGGUAACAAUCACCGAUUACAUUAUUGGAUCAGAAACUGAAUGGUGACUGGUCAAACUUAUUUACCAUAAUGGAAAUGAAAAUGUCAUUUGAAAUCGUUUAAAACUAAAGAA